AAUUUUUUACUCUGCUUAUAAGUAUAACUGUGACUGUGUAUUUGCGAGCGAAAUUUAAUUAAUAUUAUCAAUAUCGUUCUUAUUAUUACUGCAAUUAGCAUUAUCAUUUAAAUUACUAAUUAACGAUCAAUGUAAUGAUAUUGCUCUUCGACAGUAACAAAUGAAUCAUCGCAUGAUGAAGAACUGCAAAUAAAUAAUUUUAUUAAUUAAUUAUUAAUAAUUAAUACAAAUUUAAGAGUUUAAAUAGACUACAAACCUAAAUGAUCUAAAAGGAGUUUCUCGUGUCAAUAGAUGGUUUGUAAAUUAAAAACGAAUCCAUAAAAUUUUCUGAUAAUGCUGUUGGCUCCUCACUGGACCAAGACUCGUCGGAUCUCUUUGAGAUUGAAGCAGGUGGUGUUCUAUUACCUUGCGACAUUUUUCAGUAAAGAUCCAUCAUCGACAUCUGAUUUACUCUCAUUAUUUUGCGAAGAAGACGAUGUAUCACAACCAUUAUCGCUAUGGCGCUAAAACAAAAUGGCUGGCGGUCGAUAGUAAAAGCGGAACAUUUAAAAAUAAAAACAUGUGGUUGCUAAGCAAAGCCACCGAUUGAAAUAGAAGAACCGCCAAUGUACGUAUCUAAAUUUCGUAAUUCUGUUAAAAGAGCUUCUACUCGUGGCAAAAGUGCGCAUAAAACUUUCGGUGUACCUCGGGUAUCAUUAAAUCCACCGCAAGAAUUUUUAAGAAAACAUUCGCGCAAUGAAAUACAACGUCCUGAUAUAAAACAUAAACAUUAUCAUAUACCAGAUUAUCAACACAAAUUACCGGAAUGGAAGUCACGUAAAUUAUCAAAUACUUCAGAUAAAAUACCAAGAAAUUCAACAAAUUCUGAAAAAAAUUUUAAACGUGAUAAUAUUAUUAAAAUUAAAAAUACGCAAGCAAAAAAGCCGAUACUCUAUUACGUUGAUGACCGCCGUGGAAAUUCGUUUCCACGAAAACCUGCUAGUUUUUCUGUUUGUCAAAGUGUGGAAAAUGAAAAUCCUCAAUUUUAUUUAGAAAAAAAUCGUAUGAGUGAAAAAGCAAGAAAAAAAUUUUUAAAUAAAUUUAUAAACGCUAGAAAAACUUCAGAUCAAUCAUCUGCAAAGAGUGAAAAGUCAUCAGAGUAUGACAGAUUAGAAAGUAAAGAAAAUAAAAAAAAAUCGUUUAAAAAACAUAGUAAAGAACUGAAUUGCCGUUACGUUAGUGAUGAGGAACGUGCUCAGCUACUUUCGGGUAUGAAAAAAAGAUGGGAAGAAAUGAUGAAACAGUUUCAAAGCCUUCCAUUUCUUACUGACACGCCGCCCAAGGCCAAAAGAAAAGCAAAAAUGGAGCAGGAUUUAAAGCAACUGGAGAAGGAUAUAGAUAUGAUAGAACGCCAUCCUCAUAUUUACGUUUACGACGAUAAUAAUGAUGAUUAA